CGCAGACCAGAGCAUGUCUUCAGAAGCCAGAGUGGUGUAUACUAAGCAAUCAAAACAAAAGUGCAAAUGUGCUUUAAAUACAAUUAUAAAUCAUAUUUGCAGUAGAGUGUACGAGCUCCUUCGUGUGCGUGAACUGUUAUAACUCUAGAAUAGUUUGUCUUGGUAUUCUAUCCCACAGCUUUAACACUAUUAGGACGAUAUUACUGUUACUCUUCGAGUCAUCAAUAAAAUUUUUUUAUAAUUUUCUAAGGGAAAUUAUAAGUCGCUUACCAUAUCACACAAUGGUGUGCUGAGUUGGUGGUCUGCCUACUACUACUGCAGGUGUCCUUGAUUCCCUUUUAAAUGUCAGGAGAGCAUGCAAAUUCCUUAGACAUACAUACCAAUGUUUAUGUACCCAUUAAAUCUCGGAUGACCACAAAUCACAGCCAAAUGCAAUGCAAUGAAAAGUGAAACGUUAAGUUAUUAUAACAAGUGAAAGUGAAUCAUGCGAACAAAGUGAUGCAAAAAAAAAAUUGCACUGUGAAUAGAGCAAAUAUGCAUGCAAUAAAAGUAUGGCUUUUCGUUUUGUUUGUGGCAAGUGUAAAUAUCAACGAGAACGAAAGAAAAAAAUAGUGAAUUACAAAAGGAAACAAUGUCAUUGCACUAGAAAAUUUAACCAAGGACAUACAUGUUACGAUUUAUGCACGAAAUGAAAAGAAAGCACAAGUCAAGUCCUAAAUCUCAUGCAUUUAAUAAAAGUUCAUACACUCAAACAACUAUAAAAAAUGUUGACCCAAUAAUAAUAAUAAUAAUAAUAAUAAAAGAAAAGAAGCCAAUAUGGUGCAAUUAAAACGAAGAAAUUUUAUUACAAGCAAAAGAUAAUCUAAGAAAAACGAAAUCCGAAACUAACAGCAAUCAGGCAGUGAGAGGGAAAGCAGAUAGAGAGGGUAAACUAAAAAAAAACAAGGUCUGAACCAGGACAUCUAAACGUCACUCGACUACACACGGCGGUAGCCGUAAGGUAAGGAAGACAUGCAUUUCUGGAUAGACAAACGUUCGCCACAAUGUGGUUUUGGUAGAUCCCGGGUGGCUGCAUCGCUGUCAGGGGCCGGUGGAGGUGCAGGGGUCAGCUUUGGGCACCCACCACGUAGAACGGGUGGUAAUAAAUCGAGUAGUGCAGGAAUCCAUCGUCAACAGCAGCACCAACAACACCAGCAUCAACAACACCAGCACCAACAACAACAGCAUCAGCAACAAACAACUUCCCAAUAUCACCAACAUGGCAGCAAUAGCUCUGUGGCAGGUGGUAGCGGUGCCUGCGUAGCCAGUGCAACAACGACCACAGCCUCGAAUACCAAUUAUCGUUCUCCCAAUUACCCAUGUACCAGUAGUAGUGGCUCACAUUCCAAUAAUAACAACAACAGCCAUGGUGCUGCGGGUGUAGGUGCUGCCAUUCACACGCCUUCCAAUCGCAAUCAUCUACGUGGGAAUUACUACAACAACAAUCGCCAAUUUCAGCAGCAACAACAGGCACAGACGGCGCAUCAUACCCCCACAAAUAUUCCCAAUUCCAGCAAUAACAAUCAUUCAUCCAACACCGCUGCUGCCAACACCACCACCGCGAUACCACCCAGUAACUUAUCAUCACCCACUGGCAAUAAUAUUAAUUUAUCCUAUGCCGCCACCACACAAACGUCGUCAUCCUCGUCGGCCGUCCAAACGUCUAAUCACCAUCUUCAACAACAGAAUCCCUAUCAACAGCAGCGUUAUCGCCAUCCCCAAUUUGGAAAUAUGUCGGUUAGGACAUAUCCCCCAUCGGCGACGGCUCAUUCACUGUCAGCAGCAUGUCAUACGCAGAAUUCCAAUGUGCAACAGAUGACACAAUCAGCGGAAUCGACUCUGAAUAUAUUGGCCGAAAAUAAUUUGUUACAGAAUCAAAGCCCAAAUCAAACUGCCAACAUAACUGCUGAACUCUAUCAAUCAUCGCCCAGAGUUGUAACUGUUUUUCCCAGACCUUUAUCUUCCACAGCCACAUGUGAUCACUCCAGCAACACCAACACCACCACAACUGCACCGAAUACAAUGCGAGCCAUUUACGGCAGCAGCAGCACAGUUCAUCACGGCAAUUCGCGUAGACGCAAUGUUACCCAGUCGAUUGAGAGUGCCGAAUUACAAUUCAUUCCCUAUCACUUGAAAUUCGGAAUUUUCGCCUCAUUUGUUCUAGCCAUAGCUUUUAUUGCCGGCAUUAAGGCCUACUUCGAUAAUCAUGGCACCAAAUUUGAGGUGGGUCUAUUUUGGCUACUCACCGCCACCUUUGUGUUUGCCUUCUGCUUUGUGUCCAUUUGCAAAGUACCACGCGUUCUGUUUGCAGCGUCAUCGGCUUCAUCACGAUCGGGAUCAAGGGAUCAAACAGCACGCGAACGUUGCAGUCUGGAUGAGAAUCGAGAAGCGGCCGUGGUCGAUGCUGUGGAUGACGUUGUGUUGGGUUUGCAUGAUCUACAACAGGAAAUGUUGGAGCAUCAAAUCAGUCAGGCAUCGCAACAGGCCCAGCAGGCGGGUCCACCACCAUAUCAUAUAGCUAUACUGCUGCCAGAGUCAAAAGCCAAGGAGGAGAUAGAGCAAGUAGAAGAAUCGCCACCACCGUCCUACGAUAAGAUAUUGAUCUAAACCAAACCAAAUAAAACACGCUAAAUCACAAAAAAAGAAAAUCAUCAAGAGAAGAGAAAUAGCGCUAUGAGGCUUCCUACUUUUAGGCGGUGUCAUUAGAUGUUAAGCAACAAUUAGAGCAUGAAUAGCUAUACACAUUAUAUUUAUUAUUUACUUAUAUAUACAUAAAUUUAUACACAUACAAACGUACACAUAUACUUAAGAUUUUUUUAAAACAAAGCGAGCAACUCGUAUCGAUUAUAUUUACGAUAUUUAUUCUUAAGUUUAUAUAAGUAUAUGUAUGUAUUUACUACUGUAUACCAAAAACAAACAUCCAAAAGUUA